AUGUUGACAAAUUUUUUUUUUUCACCCUUUCAGUUAUUGGGCGGUGCUUGCUUCAGCCACGGCCCUUACACAUUUUAUAAGGCGGUAAGAAUAGGUAACGGUCGCGUCCUUCGUCUCGGCAGUUUCUUCCUGACGAAACUGUGGAGCGAUGCCGACCUUGUCAGCAUUGGCGAGCUUCAACUGCUGUGGAUGGACAAUCGUGGACCGAAUCAGCCUUUGGCGUCUUUACGGCUCUAUUUCCUACCUGAAAAUACGCCGGAUGGCAGGAGAGACACGCACGGAGAGGUAUGACGCAUCAAGUUUAAUGUUUGCUACUUUAAGAAAAAUAGAUUGCGCGCCACGCGCAAAAGCUCCUUCUACCGAGAGAUAAUGGGACCAACAUAAAUCAACGUGAUGUUUACGGGAAGUUGAGACACGUACGUUUUGUCAGACCGCAAUUUUGCGGGCUUUAGGUCACUUCAAUUAGGUCACUUUAACGUUUUAUUAUACUGUUUGAAUAUUCAGGUCGGAAGUCCGACUUCGUCGAUACGCUUAAUUUUGCAAAUUGUGCAUAUCGUUACGAUGACUAGAUAAAAAAAAAAAAAAAAGAUUCUUAAGGAUUUUAUUGCGCUCGUAUCGGUGAAAUAUUAAACGCUAUUUAUUUUUGGAGCGGAAUAUCGCGAUAACAUAGAAUGCAGGUAGAAUUCGUUGAAACGAAAUAAUUAGUUUAUUAGUCAUCGAAAUGUUUGUAUAAUUUAAAUCGGACGUCGAGCACAAUCGCAGCGAGGCCGAAGUAAAGAUUAAAUGCAAGCAAUUGCAUCAUUCUCGAUUAGUCACGUCGACGUCGACGUCGACGUCGAUGUCGACAGGCCGGGAUUUUAAUUACAUCCAUCAAAAUUAUUAUUAUCAAUUGAUCGUUAUACUUUUUGGGCCGUUGGUACGUGUUGCGAUUUAGUAUACCAAUUUCGUAUUAACUUCGAUUAACAAAAUACACGGGGCCGCGUCGCAAUAAUAAUUUCCCUAAAUACAAAUUAAUUAUUCCAUCUACGUGGCGUCGUUUCCGCGGAAUAUUCGCUGUAUCGAGCAAGUUUAUUCACGGACUGGCAGUAUUAUCAACCCGGGAAUAGUGCACUACUUGAUUGCAUGUUGCAUUUAAACUACAUUCAAGCAGUAUCUUAUUUGAUUUUGAAAAUGAAUUGCGAGGCAACAGCGUAGCAUUAUUGUUACAAAAGGAAA